UCGCCAUCUUACAUUAGGAGAAGAAAAAAAGAAAUAAAUAGCCGCGCCACCUGCCAGUUUUAGCGUCGGUAUCUCGCAGCAAGGAUACGCCAAAUAUUUUUUCUUUCGUUUAAAUUUUUGUAACGACAGAGAAACGUGCCACCAACAUGAUGUUGUCGCUAUUGGUGCUGACGUUGUCGAUGUCUGUUGCUGUGUUUGCUGAACAAAUUCCCUGCAACAGUGGGAGAACUUCCUGCGAGGGCAGCGAGAGUUUGAGCAUCAUCAACAACAACCACCUGUGCUGCGACUACGGCUUCAACAUGCAGCUGAAGAGUGAGACGAUCAACGGCACCGUCACACCUGUCUGCGUCUGCAACAGACAUUUCUAUGCAACCGACUGCAUAGAAGGUCAGCUGCAGUGCCAGGACGCGACGAGCCUGACCUCCAACGGGCUGACCGUCAAGUGCUGCAAGAACGGGGCCAGCAUGAACAGCGUCAGCAGUUCCGUCAUCAACGGCGUCAGCGCCGACUACUGCAAGUGCAUCCGGUACGCCGGCGGCAACAACUUCGUCAACGACCUGAUCAACGACCCGAUUAGGAAAACUAUCGGAGAUCAGCUGAAAGGUUUACAAGACCUAGGCUCUCUGUAUAGAACUCCAGGUGGCAUUGGUCAGUUGACAGGAAAUGUUCUGGAAAAUAUUGGCCGUGGACUUCAAGAGAGUUUUUCAAACUUCGGAGAUGCAGCAGUGCAACAGCCUGGCUCACAGACAACAGGAUCCUACCCUGUAGGCCAGCCACCCAUCAACAGCAACAACCCCCCUACAGGUCGUCCAUUCAGGUUUCCCAUGAUGAAUCUUCAGCAGAGACUUUUCCAGCUUCUGCCACCUAGAAGACAGCCUGGGAGAAAUGGCGGAAGGAAUUUUCUAGAUCGGGUCAGCCAAAGCCCCGCCAUUAUGCAGAUGGUUGAUCCAAGAUGGUGGUUUAACCGGGACUGGCGAGGCAUGUUUGGGCCACGCCCCACGGGGGCACCAGUCAGUGGGCCAGCCACCACCACACCCACCGCCGUUUUCUAAAACAUUCAUCACCUGUGCACUGUAAAGCUGUUUUAAGAAAUCAUGUCCAUCAUUAUAACUAAUCUGCAUUGUUCUUUCAUUGAUGGUCUCAUUGAGUUCAGAUAGUUUAGAAAUUUUAACAGCAUAAAAAAUUAGUGGAUAUUCUGGCUUUUAUUUACUAUGUGGUAGUUGAAUAACAUCAUACAUACGUUGUUUUUUUUUGUUAUGGGUACUAUAACAUUAUUGAAAAGUACCUAUUCUAAUUACUGUUCAUCUGAAAUUAAAGUUUUUGUCUCUUCCAA